CAGUUAUGAAAAAUCGUUCCGUGCAAUGCUAUCUGUAUAUCGCGCUGGCAGCGGCGGCGAGACGGCGUGUGUUCAUGGCGAUUGCGCGCGCGCUAUCGGCGACCCACGUGAUACUGGUCGUCCAAUCAGCUGUUCGACUUUGUCCUGCCGCCAAGCUUCCAAUUCGCAGCAAGCAGCGCAGCACAGCCAGCCAGCAGCCUGGCGGACGAGUAGCAGGGACUAAAAGUGUGUGCAAGCAGCACGUAACUCUCGCACUCGUCCGACCAAAACUUGACUGUCGCGCGCCAUCCGAAUUUUUGCUUAACCUAGCAACAAUCGGCCUUCAUCGGGGCCUGCGUUGUUUGGCCCGAUAGUAUACCUACUCGUUUCCACAGCUAAAGUCUAAUCAGGCUUGUGGUGCGCUCUUGCGAGGUAAAUAAAUAAACGAGUAUCGAUAGCGCGCGCUCUUUGACUCGCUCUCUCGCGCCAUUUUGGAGAGUGAGAGAGAGAGAGAGAGAGAGGUGCCUGCGUGCCGCUCUCGUUGCCGCCGCUCCGAACACGCCGAGAGUACAGAGAAACCCCGGCGCAGAUAUGAGAUACCCUAGUGCCAACCACCAAGCCUCGAUUCUGUAGCUGCAGCCAAGAUUCAGCUCGUCAAGCGUCCCGCAUUCACUUGUCGCAGGAGGUCCGUCGAGAUCUUGCAGGAGUCGUCCGCUUUCUGAGUGAGGAUCACCCGGGCUCGAUGUCGUCCGGCGCGAUGACGCAACAAAACAAAUCCGUCAACUUUGUCAUACAUGAUGCCAAUGGGCAUCCACAAGUCAUCAAGGUGUAUCAAAGUACACCUAAUAAAACCAUUAGUGGCAUUGUUGGAGCUGCAAGCCCAGCUAAUGUGAAAUUAAUCAAGACAUCUGGCCAGGAGGCUCAGGUUCUGUCUUCUGGAGCUCAAGUUCUAAGGACUAUAAGCUUUCAAAAUCCAUCAAGUGCUGGUCAAAGAUUAGUGACCAUACCAAUACAAAAUGCUAAAGUGCAAACUGUACCAACAAUGAAACCUGCUGAUCCCAUGAUGACAAAAACUAUUCAACUUACAGCAGCUCAAAUAAAUGAUAUAAAACAAGCAAUUGUAUCUCAACAACAAAGUACUAAUCAGCAAAUAAUUAAGGAUGCUUCUGGAAAAACAUUCAUCAGUCCAAUCUUGGAUCAUACUGGUAAUAGAAAACGCCAGGAUACAGAAGGAAGCGACUUUGUUCCUGAGUAUCCUUUUAGCAAACGCAGGAAAACAGACAAAGUAGGUAAAGGUCUUCGACACUUUUCUAUGAAAGUAUGUGAAAAGGUGAAGAAGAAGGGUACUACCUCAUACAAUGAAGUAGCUGAUGAGUUAGUUGGAGAAUUCACAAAUCCAAAUCAUUCAAAUUCUCUAACUGAACAGCAAUAUGAUCAAAAGAACAUUAGAAGAAGAGUGUAUGAUGCACUGAAUGUACUCAUGGCAAUGAACAUUAUUUCCAAAGAAAAGAAGGAGAUUAGGUGGUUAGGAUUGCCCACUAAUUCUCGCCAAGAGUGUUUAUCUUUGGAAAAAGAUAAGAAGAAAAAAAUUGAGAGAAUUAAAGCUAAGACACAGCAAUUACAUAGAAUAAUUCUACAGCAUAUUGCAAUAAAGAAUUUAGUGGAGCGAAAUCGCCUUCAAGAGUCUGUCUAUGGUCCACCAAAACCAAACUCAGCAAUUCAAUUGCCAUUUAUUAUAAUCAACACAGACAGAAAAACUGUUGUGAAUUGCAGUAUUUCCAAUGACAAAACAGAGUACCUGUUGAAUUUUAAUGAUAAGUUUGAAAUACAUGAUGAUAUUGAAAUUCUAAAAGAAAUGGGAUUAUCUUUCGGCCUUGACAAAGGGGAAUGCACAGAAGAAAAUCUGCAGAAAGCCAAAUCUAUGAUUCCAAAAGCUCUGGAAAAAUAUGUUGAACAAAUGGCAUCUGGAGAUUUGGAAAAAUUCAUACCUGUGACAAUGCCAGGACCCAGUACAUCGAUGGAUGAUAUUGACGUCAAGAUCGAAACAUCCAGACCACCGUCAUCCUCUCAUACAUCACUUUCAGAAGACGCUUAUUCGCCACAAUAUUUCUCGGAAGACGAGGAGGAAUUAGAGGAAGAAAGCGACCAGGACGAGCAAGUUGAUAGUGACCUUGAGAUGAACUAGCACUUCCUCGUUUUUGAAAAGGCUAGACUUGGGGCUUGACGUGCUCUAUCUAUGAAUGUAACUUUCUUUUCACAGAAAAAAACAAAGAAUUUUAUAAAGUGCAAAAUUACCGGGUCACUCGUGACAUCGGGCAGACGAUGUCAGUAGUCGGUAUGUUCUAUUACGGUAGAGCGUUUUGUAGAUCUCGAGUUAUAAAAAGCUCUGACGGUGUAAGUGUGCGACGCUGAUCACGGUGUCUAGCGAGAGUUUUCAAGAGUAUUACUCAAAUACGUGACAAUAUCACUGUGUAUAAGUUCGAGUUUAUUUUUGUGAGAUCUAUACAGAAAAAUAAGGACAUGUGCAUUGAGAGGCAAGAAUGAGAUAAUUGUGUAAAUGCUCAGUGGGAUAACUUUUGGUUUUUUGAGGAGAAAAAAAAUUUUUUUCUGUCUCGUAUUUGAGUGAACGAGGUGUAUUGUUGAAAUCGAAUAAUUUUGUAAGGUGUGUAACAAAAUUAUUGGCAGAGAUAGAGACCAGAUCUUGAGUGAAUUUUACGUCGACUGGGGCCAAUUAACAACUUAGAAAGAGAUAAAACAUAGAAAAACAUAGAGUACACAAUUUUUUUUCUGGUUGUUUUAAGCAUAGCUCAGUAAAGCCUCAUUACCCCUCCCUGUCUCCUACACUUUUUUUUCUUUUUCAUUAUCAAUAAGAGUGCAUAAUUAAGAUUUUAUCUAGUUGAGUUAAGAAGUGCAAAAUGAAAGCAUCAUUUAAGAUAUUGAGAAUGACUGAGGAAAAAGCUCGGUGCUAUUCUAAUUGUGCAUCGUCUUUGCAGGUUCAAUACCUCGUAUAAAUGUAUUGUAAAUUAUAAUCUUACAACAAUAUCUAUGGUAGAUGUAUAAAAUAUAUGCUAUUACUCAUUUUUUUCAAAUGGCACAUUUAUAUAUUUCUGUGGUACAAAACAACACGAUAUAAUGACAAGGUACGCGUCAGCCUUGAUUUGGAAAUAUAAAUAAAUUGUAAUAAUACAUUGCAAAAUAUUGAUCUUCAUUGAUUGAUCUACAACAAAAAAGCACCCUAAUUUAAGACAAGAGCAUUGUUUCUUCAUACUAUCAAAUGAAAAAUGUGCUGGUUUUUCACAUUAAUCGAUAGAAUACUUAUAUAAAUUGAUAUGAAUCUUAGUUGAAUGUAUUUCGUGAAUAUAAUUAAUGUAGUGGUGCAAAGUUAUUAUAAUGGAAAAUAUUUUGGCAAAAAUUUUUAAAUACUGUUAAGAAAAAAAAUGAAAGCUAGUACAUAACUGCGAAUGCGGAAAUUACUUUUUAAGCAAUUUUUUAUAGCAUUUCCUGUCUUAUUGAGCUUAAAGAUCGACUUAUUUUUGCGAUUGAACGUGAAAAUUGUCUCUUGAUAUGUAAAUACAUACCCAAUAUAGACUUGAUAAUCAAAUAAAUUGAUAUUACAUGAAA